GGGUUUUGGGGUGAAAUCGAGGGAUUUGGGGUUGUUUCAGGACCAUGGGGCAGAUCAGGGGGUUCACGGGGUCCCACGAGGUCCCUGGGUCACUGUGGGGACAGGUUUGGGGUUUUUGGGUCACUGUGGGGACAGGUUUGGGGUUUUUGGGUCACUGUGGGGACAGGUUUGGGUUCCCGGGUCACUGUGGGGACAGGUUUGGGGUCCCCGGGUCACUGUGGGGACAGGUUUGGGGUUUUUGGGUCACUGUGGGGACAGGUUUGGGGUUCCCGGGUGCCCUGGGGACAGGUUUGGGGUUCCGGGGCCGUGCCACCCCCGCAGCCCCGCGCUGUCCCCAGGGUGACGAUGGUGACCCCGGCCGUGCUGCGGCUGGACACGGACGAGCGGGUGGUGCUGGAGGCGCCCGGGCUGAGCGCGGCCACCGAGGCCUCGCUGCUGGUCCAGGACUUCCCCCAGAAGCGGCAGGUGCUGUUCCAGAGCCGGCUGGCCCUGAGCCCGGCCGAGGGCAUGAUGGCCACGGCCACCAUCAAGGUGUCGGCCAAGCUCCUGCCGCCGGCUCAGAAGAAGCAGUUUGUGACGGUGACAGCGCGGGUGGCCGCGGUGACACUGGAGAAGGUGCUGCUGGUGUCCCUGCAGAGCGGCCACAUCUUCCUGCAGACCGACAAACCCAUCUACACCCCCGGGGCCACCGUGCUCUGCCGUCUCUUCACCGUGGGCCACCUCAUGCAGCCGGUGGCCAAGACGGUCAUCGUGGAGGUCAAGGUGGGUGACAGCGGGUGACACGGGGG